CGAACCAGUCGAGAACAAUCAAAAAUCUCUAUAAAAUUAAAGCAUACUACUAAAGCAAAAAUACAAUAUGAAGGUACUCAUCUGCUUAGCCGUUUCAAUCGCAGUGUUCUGCGUCAUCACUGAAGCCACACCACAACGUUUUCAACGAUUGCCUUAUUAUCCACCACCUACGAGUGCAACACGUCUGAUACGAGUGAGGCGUGAUGCUUUAAGUGGUUCAUUAGUAAGUAAUCCAAAUGGUGGAGCUGAUGCACGACUUGAAUUGGGGCAUGCUAUAGGUGAUCCAAAUCAUAAUCUAAUUGGUAGUGUAUUUGCUGCUGGCAACACAGAGAAGGGACCUGUUGCUUCCGGUGGUACCUUGGCUUAUAACAAUAAUGGUCUUGGUGCUUCACUGACAAAAGAACAUAUUCCCGGUGUACGUGAUUCAUUCACACAAAGUCUAAAUGCCAACCUUUAUAAAAAUGGUCCUCAUAGUGUAGAUGCUAAUGUAUUUAAAUCACAAAAUACUCUUGCUAAUGGAUUUCAAUUUGAACGCAAUGGUGGUGGCCUUUCAUAUGCUCAUGCUAAUGGACAUGGUGCCAGCUUGACACAGAGCAGUAUUCCUAAUUUUGGUAAACAAUUGGAAUUUGGUGGAAAGGCAAAUUUAUGGUCAUCACAAGAUCGUAAUACUCGUUUGGAUUUGAGUGGAACCGCAUCAAAAUGGAUGAGUGGACCAUUCAGUAAUCAAAAGACUGACUUUGGUGGAAAUUUGGGUCUAACACACUAUUUCGGUUAAAAUUAAAUAUUAUUGUUAUAUACUAGUUAUAUACUAGAGUUGCUGUUCAAAUUUAGUAUACAUAUUAAAAAUUUGUUAGUAUUUUUUUUUCAUUGCAA